AUGAGGUGGUGCAUCUCUGUGGUUCUGCUGCUUUUCAGCACUAUCAAUGUUUAUGCGCAGACAUCGUCGCCACUUGUCCCACCACCUAUUCCACUAACGCCGACAGAGAAGGAGAAACUUAAUCGUUUGCGUCGAUCAGGCGAUGGAUACUCUAAAAAACGGGUUGAGGUGAACGUAACCAGCAAUGAUGUUACGAAUGUUGUGGACGCAGACAAGGUUCACGUUCCUGGGGUAACAACGGAGGAGGCCUCUAAUUUCGAAGGCCCACGUGAUAUUGUACAACCUACAAGCACUACCGUCAACGAUGAUAUCAGUAUACCUGAAAUCGUGGAUCCAUAUUCGCCGUCUGCUGGAAACGAAUGGGACUUUCUGGGUUCCAGCCUCGUAGACGGCAGUAAAUCGACAAAACCGGCUGGGUCGAAAGUGCUCUUCGAUCAUGAUACUAGUGUUUGGAGCCAGAAGGAUGAUGAGGCUGCAGGUUCUAAAACUGAUAACGAGGAAGUGUUUCGUUACAGAGAUGUGCGCGAUGUUGACAAUCGUAUACUAUUAAAGAGCUUAAUAAACGACAUAGAGGGCAACUAUCAAUGGGAGCCCAAGUCUGCAGCUUCGUUGCAAGCUCAAAAGAAAUGGGACUUUGUCUUUAACAGCCUGCUACACGAUGAUGAGAACGUAGCCCCCCCAAAGUCAUCGGAAAUCGACAUUGCUCGACUCAUCGAUAAUGCGGAGAGUCGAAAUCCACCACCGUUCGUUAAAAAGUCGCAACCGAAAUUCAAACGUUUCAUCUUCAAGCCAUAUGUCCCAAAGCUGGAGCUGGGGGAUGGAGCCCCGAAGACUGCUAAACAGAGAUGGAAAUUACUUGCCUCCAACCUGCGAGACGUCAUUGACAAAGGCAAUAAACCAGUGGAAGUUUCAACCGACAUCAGUGAGGCCGAUAUGAACAAAGAUGACAAUAACACACCUGCACCGUCUUCCGAAGAGAAAGUGGCCAUAGUUGCUCCUGGGGUUAGCGAGACUGAGGUACCAACAAGCACUACCGACGAGAUCGAGAACAAUGUACCUGAGACUGUAGACGAAAUCCCUGCUGCUGAGGAGGAGAUCGAAAUCGAGGAGGAGGAAGUCCCUGAGAUAGAGGAGACUGAGGAGCCAAUGAUCACUCCUAUCGAGGAGGUUGAGGAAGUCGUCCCUGAGGUCAUCGAGGAGACCCCUGCUGCUGAGGAGGAGAUCGAAAUCGAGGAGGAGGAAGUCCCUGAGAUUGAGGAGACUGAGGAGCCAAUGAUCACUCCUAUCGAGGAGGUUGAGGAAGUCGUCCCUGAGAUCAUCGAGGAGACCCCCGCUGCUGAGGAGGAGAUCGAAAUCGAGGAGGAGGAAGUCCCUGAGAUUGAGGAGACUGAGGAGCCAAUGAUCACUCCUAUCGAGGAGGUUGAGGAAGUCGUCCCUGAGAUCAUCGAGGAGACCCCCGCUGCUGAGGAGGAGAUCGAAAUCGAGGAGGAGGAAGUCCCUGAGAUUGAGGAGACUGAGGAGCCAAUGAUCACUCCUAUCGAGGAGGUUGAGGAAGUCGUCCCUGAGGUCAUCGAGGAGACCCCCGCUGCUGAGGAGGAGAUCGAAAUCGAGGAGGAGGAAGUCCCUGAGAUAGAGGAGACUGAGGAGCCAAUGAUCACUCCUAUCGAGGAGGUUGAGGAAGUCGUCCCUGAGAUCAUCGAGGAGACCCCCGCUGCUGAGGAGGAGAUCGAAAUCGAGGAGGAGGAAGUCCCUGAGAUUGAGGAGACUGAGGAGCCAAUGAUCACUCCUAUCGAGGAGGUUGAGGAAGUCGUCCCUGAGAUCAUCGAGGAGACCCCCGCUGCUGAGGAGGAGAUCGAAAUCGAGGAGGAGGAAGUCCCUGAGAUUGAGGAGACUGAGGAGCCAAUGAUCACUCCUAUCGAGGAGGUUGAGGAAGUCGUCCCUGAGAUCAUCGAGGAGACCCCCGCUGCUGAGGAGGAGAUCGAAAUCGAGGAGGAGGAAGUCCCUGAGAUUGAGGAGACUGAGGAGCCAAUGAUCACUCCUAUCGAGGAGGUUGAGGAAGUCGUCCCUGAGGUCAUCGAGGAGACCCCCGCUGCUGAGGAGGAGAUCGAAAUCGAGGAGGAGGAAGUCCCUGAGAUUGAGGAGACUGAGGAGCCAAUGAUCACUCCUAUCGAGGAGGUUGAGGAAGUCGUCCCUGAGAUCAUCGAGGAGACCCCUGCUGCUGAGGAGGAGAUCGAAAUCGAGGAGGAGGAAGUCCCUGAGAUUGAGGAGACUGAGGAGCCAAUGAUCACUCCUAUCGAGGAGGUUGAGGAAGUCGUCCCUGAGGUCAUCGAGGAGACCCCUGCUGCUGAGGAGGAGAUCGAAAUCGAGGAGGAGGAAGUCCCUGAGAUUGAGGAGACUGAGGAGCCAAUGAUCACUCCUAUCGAGGAGGUUGAGGAAGUCGUCCCUGAGGUCAUCGAGGAGACCCCUGCUGCUGAGGAGGAGAUCGAAAUCGAGGAGGAGGAAGUCCCUGAGAUUGAGGAGACUGAGGAGCCAAUGAUCACUCCUAUCGAGGAGGUUGAGGAAGUCGUCCCUGAGGUCAUCGAGGAGACCCCUGCUGCUGAGGAGGAGAUCGAAAUCGAGGAGGAGGAAGUCCCUGAGAUUGAGGAGACUGAGGAGCCAAUGAUCACUCCUAUCGAGGAGGUUGAGGAAGUCGUCCCUGAGAUCAUCGAGGAGACCCCUGCUGCUGAGGAGGAGAUCGAAAUCGAGGAGGAGGAAGUCCCUGAGAUAGAUGAGACUGAGGAGCCGUCUUGCACCGUCGAGGAGGUUGAGGAAGUCGUCCCUGAGGUCAUCGAGGAGACCCCCGCCGCUGAGGAGGAUGUUAAGAUUCCUGAGGUUGAUUUGCCGACGAGAUUUACGUCUGAGGAAGAACGCAAGAGAGCUUCAGAUAGGAGGAAAGCUUUUAGAGGUGCAGGCACGAAGCACUUGGACUACCAAUUCAUUCCCGUUGUGAAAUAUGGAGCUACGGACAACGCAUCAACUUCGUCUAAGGAUAGAGUGAAGAUCCGCGUUUUGAAUGUCCCGCAUCGUGGAAGCAGAAGGCCACUAAGGGGAAAGCCAGCCGACGAUGUGAAUAUGUUGGCUGAUGAAUCUAGCACUACUCCGAUCUCUCCGGUAGUGGAAGAACCGAUUUGUGCUUACCGUAUCAAACGACGUGAUGACGAGGAAUCUAGCAUUGCUGAUGAGUCUGUAUCCGAUCUGUAUGGUAAAAAGGCUUCGAAGGUGAAGGACAAAGAUUCUUCCGUCGCUGAUGCGAUAGUCGAAGGCAACAGCGAAAAUGUUGAUUUCGAUCUUGAGAAAUUACUUGCAGAUGAGCGCCGUGAUAGCUUCGAUCUUGCCGAUGGAUUAGCUUCUGAUAACGGCUCAGGGUCAUCUGAUGUCAACGGUGGUGCAGCAGGUGCAAAUAACGACUCACGAGCGUCUGCUGUCGAUAGUGGAAUAUUUGGUGGAGCUAACUUGCCGGGGUCUGCUGUUGACUGUGGAGCAGUAAAUGGCGUUAGUUCGGAGGGCUCCAAAACUGAUAAGAACUAUAACUUCGAUCUCGAUGAAGCGCUACCCUCUGACGUUGACUUCACAGGAGACUCUGAUGCUGAAGAAGAGAAAAAAGAGACUGAGGUUGAAUCUAAAGAUACUGUGAAACCUGAACCCAAAAAAACAGGCGGUGUACGGCAAUUUUUCACCAAUCUCUUCUGCUGUGGUUCCGGCAAAUAA